GAAGCAAGUACAACAAGAAGCAAUUUUGUCUUUAUUGUAAAAAGGCCAUUUCUAAAUUGGCAAGACAUCUUGAAUCCGUGCACAGUGAAGAGCCUGAUGUUGCAAUGGCUUUCAGUUUUGAUAAAAGAUCCCGCAAAAGAAGCGAGUUGUUACGCUCUAUUAAGAAGAGAGGAAACUUUGACCAUAAUGCUGAAGUGGCAAGCUGUGGCACUGGAGAGAUGGUUGCUUGUAGAAGACCCAGUACUGCAAAACAAUCUGAUGACUUCCGUCACUGCAAAUUUUGCGAAGGACUGUAUGCAAGAAACUCUUUAUGGAGACAUGUGAGAAACUGCCCGAAAAAGACUGUUGAGGAAGAGCCUCAAGUUGGCCGAAAAAGGAUUCAAAUGCACUUACCAAGACCUGACUCAGUUAAGGAAACUGUUUGGAAGAUUGCUUGUGAAAUGAACCAGGAUGACGUUUCUUCGGUUGUAAGGAGUGAAACUGUGAUCCUUUGUAUCGGCGAGUCACUGUUCAAUUCCAGGAAACCGUAUGAAAGAAGGAAUGACUACAUACGCCAAAAAAUGAGAGAGAUGGCAAGACUAUUGAUAACGGCAAGAGCUAUAACACCUUUGAAGAGCACCGAAGACCUUGUUAUGCCUUGUAACUUUCCGCAUGUGAUACAGGCAGUUAGAUCUGUUGCUGGUUAUGAUGUCGAAAGCAACUCAUAUAAAAUCCCAUCAUUGGCUUUGAAAUUGGGACACAGUUUAGCCAAAGUUGCAGGCAUUGUGCAAUGCAAUGCCAUCAUUGCAAAUCGCCCUGCCGUUGCGGAGUCUGCAAAGCAAUUUGCCACUCUACAUCAGAAAAAGUGGACAGAGUCCAUUUCUGCUGCCGCAUUGGGAACACUUCAACAAGCCAAAUGGAAUAAACCACAGGUUUUACCCUUUACAGAGGAUGUGUCGGUGCUGCACAAGUUUCUUGCUGCUGAGCGUGUUAAGCGCAUGAAGGACCUUGAGGAAGAACCCAACAGCAAAAGCUUUGGAAAUCUUGCUAAAGUGACUUUGACGCAGGUAGUACUAUUUAACAGAAGGCGGGAAGGUGAAGUUUCAAAAAUGGAGCUUCAGACUUUCACAUCCAGGGAUCGUACAGAGCUGAAUCCAGACAUUGUGAGGGGCCUUACCGACUUCGAGAAGAAGCUUGCAGAGCACUUUGAGAGAGUUGAGAUUCGUGGUAAAAGGUCAAGAAAGGUUCCAGUGCUUCUAACCCCCGACAUGAUCGCUGCUAUGGACCUCCUAAUGAAAAGCAGGAAAGAGUGUCAAGUCCACAAAGAAAAUGUGUACAUGUUUGCACGGCCAGGUGUCCUUUCCCAUUACAGAGGCUCUGACUGCUUUCGUAAGUAUGCAAAGCAAUGUGGUGCAAAGAACCCAGAGGCUCUCACCUCAACAAGAUUGCGGAAACAAGUGGCCACUUUGUCCACACUACUAAAUCUCAAAGAAAAUGAAAUGGAUCAACUUGCCACCUUUCUAGGACACGACAUCCGUGUCCAUAGAGAAUUCUAUCGGCUUCCAGAGAGUACCCUUCAGCUCGCAAAAGUCAGCAAACUCCUGAUAUCACUCGAAAAAGGAAGACUGCCUUACCUGCAGGGGAAAGGGCUGGAUGACAUUGAGGUCAAUCCUGAAGAUGAAGUAGAAAUGAGUGAUGAUUCCAGCGAAGAAAACGUUGCUGACCUACAUCAAUGCAAAGGCUCAAUAACUGAGACUGCUAGCGACCAGACACUUCUGAGGCACACUCCUGAGUCAACCAGCCUGGACAACAUGGAGGGCAUUUCCGAGUCAACCACCCUGGACAACAUGGAGGGUACUUCCGAGUCAACCACCCUGGACAAUAUGGAGGGCACAUCUGAGUCAAUCACCCUGGACAACAUGGAGGGCACUUCCGAGUCAACCAGCCUGGACAACAUGGAGGGCACUCCUGAAUCAACCACCUUGGAUGACGUAAACAUGAGUCACAAAAUAGUCACAUCCCAAGCUUCUUCAAAGGGCUCCAAAAGAAAGCAAGCUGUGAAGGUGAGAAGCAAGUGGACCGGUGAGGAAGUGAAGGCUGUUGAGCGCCAUUUGCUUAACUUCAUUACAAGCUGCAGAAUACCUGGCAAAAAGGACUGUGACUCCUGCCUCCAGGCAGAGCCAGUAGCUCUGAAAGACCGAGACUGGGUUGCCAUCAAGUACUACGUACACAACAGAAACGUAGCAUUAAAAAGGAAGAUGACUAGGUAGAUCCAUUCCAAUUGAUCUUGUUUUUUGCUUGUAUUUUUUUUGCUGGCACUCAAUAAAAGUAAGCAAUGCAAAAAGUGUUCCGCCUUUUUUUAUUACGUGAAUAUUUGCUACGAAUUUUUAUAUAUUGUCACAAAUAACAAUAAUACGACUUAAACAGUAGACUGAGAAUAUAUUAUAUUUAAGAGCUAUGUGAACAUGGAUAAUCCUUUCUGUUGAAGGUUACCCGGGCUGUCUGGGGUUUUGACAUUUCUACAUAUAUAACCGGACCCCAGUUAAAAUACAGAUCCUAUUUUGUGUAUUCUAGGGUCUUUAUAAUUCACAUUAACCUGAAAAUAGAGUGUGUGUGUGUGGGCUGGUUGCUAUGGGCCUUAUAAGUCACAUAAACCUGAAAAUAGAGUUUGUGUGUGUAUGGGCUGGUUGCUAUGGGCCUUAUAAGUCACAUAAACCCGAAAAGGUCCUCAUAUGUAGCAUUAAAAUCAGGUCUGAACAAAAAUAUAGCCCUAGCCUAAAUCUGAAUAGAUGGUUGCAUUCCUAGAAUCAAGGAAUGGAAAUAUUCUGAUUCCCAGGUCUCGUGGACCUUGGGAAAGGCAUGUCCCAAUUUGUCACGUUUUUUUCAUAAGUCCUGAUAUAGUCUAUAAACGCGUAUGUGUGUGUGUGUGUGUGUGUGUGUGUGUGUGUGUGUGUGUGUGUGUGUGUGUGUGUGUGUGUGUGUGUGUGUGUGUGUGUGUGUGUGUGUGAGUGAGAGGUUUUGUGUUUGGCUUUAUAUUU